AGGUGAUGCGAGCGUCGAAAACUUUACCGACAGUUUCUAGAAAAAUUCCUAGACGCAAGUUCUCAAAUUACGUCGUCAUUUCUAAACAGAGCGCAAAAAAAUUGGAAGGACAUGUCCAAGAGGCCCUAAGGAAUGGUAGUCUGGUCCUUAUAUUACCCAAAUCGUCAAAAAAUUAUAAAAUAUUGAAAUUUAUGUAUGUCAACCGUCAAAAAAUGGCGGAUCGGACUCACCUGCAUCAAUUUAUUCGUAAUAUAAAUAUUUCUGUAAAUCAUGUGUCCAAAUGGGUACCAGACUACCAUUCUUUGGGUCAGAUAGAACAAAACGAGCAUUCAAGGGAUGAUGUAUGUACAAGCCUCCAGGAGACAGUUUCGUAUUCGAGAAAGAAUAAAACUUUUUCAAGUAGUACGCCGCCCCCAAGGGUGAACAGAAUUGUAACCUUUGGUGGGAAAUAAAUUAAGAAAUAAGAAUUUUUCAAGUAAGUAGUUCAUUAAUUAUACCUAUAUCUCUCACAAAUCUGUUUCCUUUAUAUUCAUGCAUCCCAUAUGUCUCUACAUUCCUUACAUCCCUCCAUCCCUUACAUGCCAACAUUCCAUACACCCCCGCAACCUUUACAUCCUGCGGAAUCUUCU